UGCCACCAUCGCCGACAGUCUCACAAUCGGAAUACCACCCUUUCAGCCUUGGAUUUGCUUGCAAGGCUACCGUCCAUCGUUUUCGCUUCAUAUAAUUUUAAUGCCCCCCAAGAAUAAUCGAAAUGCACGCAGAAACAAUAUAUCUCACCAAUCUCACCAAUCUAACGACCAAGACCCCAUUGACAUUCUCGACGACGCCCACGACGACAUACAGAAUACCGGCCAUACCAGGUCGCCAGUAUUCUCCCGGGAGCUGACAAUGCUCGAAUCGUUCUCUAGAACCGUGCGCAACUACGUUCCUUCUUCUAUUCCAAUCCCAGCCGCAGUGCCUUCCCCUCCCCUCGUGUCUCGUCCGGUCAUCACGUCCACCAGCCAGGCAUCAAGCAUUUUUGAUGAACCGCUGGCGUCUGGGCUGGCCCAGUCAAUGCAGAAGAACACCACCGGAGCAGAUACCAUUUAUUGGUCCAGGUGGGAUUCGCUAGGAUCCCGCCGUCUGCUCCUUCUUGGUUAUUCAUCGGGCUUUCAGAUAUGGGAUUGCACAAGGCUUAAUUCCGCUGUCGAAGUGCUCAAUCUUAAUCAUUUUGACGAUGUGGUCACCUACGCAGCGGUUUUACCCGGCCAGUUCGCUAUCGGUGUCCUCACCAAAGACUCCAACUUUCUUGUAUACUCGCUUUCUUCACAUCAGGUUGUUCAACGGAUUCCACUGGCUGUUCCUGCCCAUAGCUUCUCUGCCAGCCAUGAGUAUAUUGUAAUAUCCACAACAAAUCCCCCUACAUUACAAGUCCUCACUGCUUCCACGUUUUCUACUGUACACACCAUUCCUUCUUCAUCACUCGUUCCAUUCACUCAUACUGCCUCCGCGCCUCACCCUAUCUAUACCCUAUCACGCCGUCUCCUCGCGUAUGCCUCUCUACCACCCUCUUCCGCGACCGCGAUCAACAAUGUGUCUGUUACUCCCCCCAAGCCAAUCGCAACCACUGCCAAGUCCGUCAUCAGCGGCAUGAAGUCGCUUGGUGGACUGGCCUACUCGGCUGCAUUGAACAAGCUUGGUGGGGACGCCAAACCUGUCUCUCGAAGUGCGCCAGCAGCUUCAGGAGGCAGCGAUACCGAUACGUUGCGCCAAGAUGAUCAGACACGCACUGAAACAGGCUACUAUGUUACGGUUUUGGACCUACAGGCUGCUGCGCCACUAGCACGAUUUCCCGCAUUUAAGCAUUCGUCAAUCUCUUGUUUAUCAUUUUCUCCUGAUGGCUGUUCUUUGUUGUCAGUUUCGAAGGAUGGGCAGGUGAGCCGCGUUCACCGGCUUAGACCUGCUCCGAGUGGUAUAUCUUCUGUCCCAACUCAACAUGUUUAUGACCUCCGUCGUGGACGGACAUCAGCGAUUGUGGACAAUGUGGAAUGGUCUACGGACGGGCGCUGGAUAGCUAUCAGCACUCGUAAGCGCACUAUUCACAUUUUCGCUGUUAAUCCAUAUGGAGGCGCACCUGAUUUGGAGAGUCAUAUGUGUGGACGCGUUAGAAAUCCUGAGAGCUUGCAACCUCUCUCUAUAGAGCUAGCGCCAAUCAUCCGAAUAAGACCAACAUCGAACAUUCACGUCAGUAGCACAACAAGCGCUAAUGAACCCACUUCUCCGCCUAUACCGCCUCCGGUGUUCCAGUUUCUGGCCUUUCCCCGUCAAACUCUUCCUUCAUCACUCCUACCCAUUCCAUCUCCUCAGCCAGCGUUAUUACCUAUUCCGUCUUCAUCUCCAUCAGACUCUGGUUCCCCUCGGCAUGCUCAAGGGUACCCACGGCAGCCUAUGAAGAACUUUCAAGACCUGCUUGUAUUCGAUGCCGCUGAUGGACUACUACAGCUCAGGCGAUGGCUACUUGGAUCUGGUGGCGUUCGCGACGUCAUGGACUCGGGGUCAAUAGGAGGAAUGACGAGCGUCUCACUACCUCUUAGUCUUGCUAUCGGUGGAAAUGGCGUCUCGCCGAGACAACGAGGAAGACGACUUUCCAGUGGCGCGGGAAGCGGCAUUUCUCCGGACAUGACCGUCAAUAACGCAGAAGAGAAGGGUGAGAGUGAGCUCGUUGCGAAUAAAGAGACUGUUGUUGCUACCUGGGAUCUAAGGAGACGAAAGGAUUGGGAUGAAGUCAAGAAGACCUUUGAGGAUGAAGGGGCUACGACCAGAGUCCAAUCCGAUUUUCUGUCCCAGGCCGAACUUUCGACAAACUCGAAAUCGCGUCAGAUUCUUCCGAGAUCUAUAUAUUUAUCACAUCAAUUUACCUUCCAUACGCUGGGCGAGGACUAUCACGCUCUCAUCCGCCGUUUUCAGCUGGAUAUUCCUGGUGUCAACAUUGAAGUGCGUAAGCAGGUGCAGGUUAGCGCCUAUUCAACGUCAAAUAUAGGCGGCGAAGCAUUCAUCGAGGCCUCUUCGUCGGCUUCAAGGCGGUCAUUUUCUUUUGACGAACCUCUUGCAUCGGCACUGCUUCAAGGUGACGAGUUCAGUGAACGAUUGAGAGGCGUUGGAACGGUUCUGCCUAUGUUGCCCAACGGGCAUGGGCAUGGAUCCAGCCGUAUGACUUCGAUCCCAAUUCGAGGUGUGAGUGAAAGUCUUGGGAGGCUGAGGAGGGAGAUGAUGGUAGCCCGACGAAGGAGCGGUAAGAGACGACCGAGGAAGAACGAUGAAGAUGAGGGGUUGAGUAUGUCAGUACCCUUAGAAUUUGAUGAAGAAGAGGAAGACUUUGUCUUCCAAGCGCCGAGCGAUGACGGGGCGCGCGACGAUAGUAGUGCGUCUCGUGGAGAUGAGGAUUCUAAUGCCCUCUCUCUAUCCACGGCAGCUACGAGCAUGUAUCCUAUGGACCCUGAUCAGGAAGACGUCGAGGACGGUGGUGGUGGUGUACCAAUUUUCGACGACGCUUGGAAUGAUGGCUGGGGAGUGGAAGACAAGAAUGCGGUCGAAGAGGUUGAGAUGUAUGAUCACAUCUCUGCUGUGGGGCUCUUGGAUGAGGAGCAGGAAGAGAUGGAUCGGAGGAUCAAGGAGGAGAAGGAGAAAGCAACUGGAAUUGCGAAGGGGAGAGGUACGAAGACCGAGCGGAGGAGGAAGAGAAGGGGUUGAGUGCAGAUAAAUUUAUGAAAGUAGACAAUAAAUGUACAAUGUGUAUUUUAAGGACAUCUGUAAU